AUGAUAUCUUCAUUCCCGUCAUACGACGAAGAGCUUUUGAACAGCGCCUAUGCGAACAUUAGUCUAAUCGCUGACAAAGCUUGGACCUUCGAGAAGGAAGAUCCCUUCCAAAAAUUGAAUCAAUCUUUAACGAUUCAGAAUUAUAAAUUGACUGCGAAGUACAAAGAAAAUGGUACCUACCGAACAAAACGUGUUCGCGACGUUAUUCCAAAUUCCCGUUUGGCCAGCUAUGGCAACUAUGAAUACCAGAAAGAACGCGAGAACGUGUAUAAAUCGGACGACAAUUCGCCUCCAGUUUCUCUAUCAAAUUUCUGUUGGACCGAAGUUAUCGAACCAUGGAUGCUACCGGAGGUCGAGAAGCACUUCGCCUGGUUAACUUCGAAUGGACCACGAAUUGUGAAUCGUGAAUUCUCGGCAACAAGAUUACCGGAGGCUGACGAUGCAUCUAAGAUCGGACGUGGCUUCAAUUUGCAUUGGGAAGACUUGCACAGUCAACACGUGCAGAGGUUGAGCCCGACAGAGAAGAAGAUCAGGACAAAUCGUGAAUCGAGCAAAGAGAACCUGAUCGAGUCAGAUUCUACCGAAAAAUUGGAUAAUUAUUACGAGUGUCAACGUUACACCAUCGAAAACUCUAUGGAGAUGCAGCUGCACAUUCGUAUAAGUAGCAACGCAGUUCGAAAUUUAUGGAAAGUGGGUAGCAACGCUCAGCAGCAAUACCUCCAGCAGAAAAUGCGUUUGCAGUGCUACAAGUUACAACAACCGCGGGAGCAGAGUUGUCAGAGCAUGGAACGCCAGCAACAAUUCUAUUACACUGUUCAGUAUCGUCCGCUGAUACUCAGGGCAGAGUGCCAAUCAGCAAGAACGGAUUCUUAUGGAAUGAGAAAGCAUUUACCGCCUGUUCUCAGCCCGGAAGUGCCGGAAUUUUUCCCAAAAGUACCGGUACCCCGAUUCAACAGUAACAAGGAACAGAACGUUAAUCGUGUACAAUAUUUUCCGUCGCUUAACGAGCGGAGUUACCAGAACGAAUUGUUUCCUUACAACAGAACUUACGAAAAUACUGGACCUAUAUACCAGAGUACGGGUAUACCUCUGCUGUCAGCCACCGAUGCGACGACGUUCAUUAGACCACCGCAUCAAUGGUACCAAAGGAUUUCGCCACCAACGCAAAUACAAAUAUCCAGUUCUUCUUCAACGCCGAUAUGCACUUCCAUGCAACCAUUGCGGGCUACUACUAUUACCCAUCAUCCCCUGCAGGUACAAGAGAAGUUUUUACAGUCGAAUCCUAUACCGAUUCCGGUUUAUCAGCACCCUAUAGAACUAUAUCACGAAACGGGACAAAAGCGUAAAAACCAUGGAGUCGAUUUUAAAAAUUUAAUACUAUUGACAAAAAACGCGAUGAAGGCUCAUCGCGGUCCACCGAAGAGCUCGCAACAUAAGCCUUCUUAUCUGAUCGAAGGGAAAAAUCGAGGUUCAAAGUCCGAAUCGGAAGUCAUUCAAUGGUUGGACAAAGGUUGUUCGUCGAAAGUGAAAGAAUUUACCACUACUAACCCCCUGGUGGCAGAAUUAAGAAACUUCGAGGUGAAAAGUGAUAGAAAGGCAUGCAGUUCCAAGAGGGAAAAGGACAGCGCAAGAAGCAGCGAACGUUUAAAACAAGAAGUUCAAGGAAUGAAUGCUAAAAGAAUCGGCGAAAGGGAUAAGAAUGAUACUCGAAAUAGAAGAAGACUUUAUAGAGACGUUCUAACCAAUGCCUCAGCGAAUCAAGUUACUUUGGAAAAUGUGUUUGAAAAAAGAUACGACGAAUUAGAGCAGCAAGCAAUGGAACAGUACAGAACUUCAGAGGAAUCCUUGGCACUUAAAUACCAAGAGCUUGAGCAGCAGGCAAUGGAACAAUAUAAGUAUUGUGGCGGGAAUGUGCAAGAAGAUGGCACGGUUUCGCGUGUACUGAUGGACGAUAAAAAAAUCUGCAAGGAUACUAAAAAAAAUUUGGUAGAAGAAAAUUGUAUUGGCGGACAAAACUGCUCCGGUUUUGGAAGAUGUAGUCCCACGAAUACGGCCGAAAAGGAAGAAGAUUCUUUUCUACAAAGACAAGGUAAUUCUAUACAAACUGAGAUUAAAAAAAAAUCGUGUAUCCUUGGUCAAUCCUUACCCGAUAAAAAUAGUCGAUCAAGUAUUCUCUCAAAAACUUUGACCACGUUAUCUGAGGAACUAUCUCGUGAAUCGAAAAAC